UUACUUCCCAAGUAUUUCGAGAUGACUCCAAGCGGAGGAUAUAAGAGGCCGUCGACCGUUGUUGUGUUGCGUCAUUAAGUUACAAUCGUUCAAAGAAGCGGCGUCCCUGCUUGUGUGUAAACGUGAUCUUCGUCCACAUAUUUUACGCUUAGUCGUUUCGCAAACGUUCGAACGUUUAAUCAAGUCUGUUGUUACGUAAUUAUAAAAUGCGCGAGUGUAUAUCCAUUCACGUCGGUCAAGCUGGCGUUCAAAUUGGAAAUGCUUGUUGGGAACUGUAUUGUUUAGAGCAUGGAAUACAACCGGAUGGGCAGAUGCCAUCGGAUAAGAUGCUUGGUGCUGGAGGCGACGACAGUUUUAGUACUUUCUUCUGCGAAACCGGUUCCGGGAAACACGUACCCAGAGCGGUAUUCGUCGAUUUGGAACCUACGGUAGUCGAUGAAGUUCGAUCUGGAACGUACAAGCAUCUUUUUCAUCCGGAACAAUUGAUCACCGGCAAAGAAGACGCAGCGAACAAUUAUGCUCGUGGCCACUAUACGAUUGGCAAGGAAAUAGUGGACGUGGUGAUCGAUCGGGUACGAAAAAUAGCGGAUCAAUGCACCGGAUUACAGGGAUUUCUCAUCUUUCAUUCGUUCGGCGGUGGUACUGGAUCUGGAUUUGCUUCUCUGCUAAUGGAGCGUCUAUCCGUCGACUAUGGAAAAAAGUCUAAAUUAGAAUUUGCCAUUUAUCCGGCUCCGCGAAUUUCCACGGCAGUAGUUGAACCUUACAAUUCCAUUCUUACCACUCACACAACCCUCGAACAUUCGGACUGCGCUUUUAUGGUCGAUAACGAAGCAAUCUACGACAUUUGCCGACGUAAUCUAGAUAUAGAGAGACCAACUUAUACCAAUCUGAACAGACUGAUUGGACAGAUCGUUUCCUCGAUAACGGCUUCGUUGCGGUUCGACGGCGCGUUAAACGUGGAUUUAACCGAGUUUCAGACAAAUUUAGUUCCCUAUCCAAGAAUUCACUUUCCUUUGGUCACAUACGCACCGAUAAUAUCCGCGGAAAAAGCAUAUCACGAGCAACUCACGGUCGCAGAAAUCACCAACGCGUGUUUCGAGCCAGCUAAUCAGAUGGUCAAGUGCGAUCCUAGGCAUGGUAAAUACAUGGCUUGUUGCAUGCUCUACAGAGGAGACGUAGUCCCGAAGGAUGUGAACGCCGCGAUCGCUACCAUUAAGACGAAACGAUCGAUACAAUUUGUCGACUGGUGUCCGACUGGAUUCAAAGUCGGUAUAAAUUAUCAGCCACCUACGGCCGUACCUGGCGGAGAUUUGGCCAAAGUUCAACGCGCCGUUUGCAUGUUGUCCAAUACGACAGCCAUCGCCGAGGCUUGGGCUCGGCUCGAUCACAAAUUCGAUCUGAUGUACGCUAAGAGGGCUUUCGUUCAUUGGUACGUUGGCGAAGGUAUGGAAGAGGGUGAGUUUUCUGAAGCUCGCGAGGAUCUUGCGGCUCUUGAAAAGGAUUACGAAGAAGUCGGGCUAGAUUCGACCGACGUAGACGCGGACCUCACCGACGAAUAUUGAGAUAUACUUUUUACUUUUAUCCAUCUUCCCCAUUCAAUAACUCCUUCUCAACCCUUAAAAGAAUGUUUCUUCCUUGUCUAUUAUUUGCUGGUAUUUUACUCGUGGAAAUCCUUUACCCUCGCCCCCAACAAUCGUUGUACUGCGGCGGCGGAGGCGGUUUCAAUAGCUGGAACAAUAGCGCAUAUGUAUUACGUUGAGUAAAAAGUCCGUUCGCGUUUCUACAAAAGAAUAUGAAGUUUUGUUAUUUCAAUAUCAAACUUACCUAAUCAACGAAAUAUGUACCAUUUUGUUGUAUAACCUUCUCCCAUCUGUUUGCUGUUGUUUUUUCAUUAAAAAAUUCAGGGACAUGCAUUUUGCCUUGGACGUUGUUAGUGAUUUUUGUCCUAGCUUUGACCAAAGGCCGAUCCGAAAUCGAAAAUGCGGUCGAGCAAAUUCUUUUUCGUUAGCUCAUGCGGAACCCAAACACACGUCGUGCUUGUUCGUCAUUCCGAGCUUCUUCAAAUGCAAGGAAACUGAUUUCUGCGAAAUAUUUCGCAUGUUUGCAAUCUCUCUAGUUGUGUACCUUGGAUUUUGUUCGAUACAAUGUCCAAUUUCAUCAUCAUCGAUCGCUUUUGGCAUGCCACUUCGUUUUUUGUCUUCCACAUUGAACCUUUUUAAUCCACUUUUCGACGGUACGUUUGCUAAUAGCAUCCUCACCCCAUACACGUCACAUAGUUUUUUAUCUCAUUUCUUCGACACUUUUCUUCUUUGGAAAAUGAAAAAGGAAUAGGUGGCGAAAAUGAAUACUCUGUUCGCUCGCUCUCUUUUAAACGCUUGUGACUCGAAUAAUACUGAAAGAGAACUGCUUAACACUGAAUGCAAAGCAUCUUUAGACUAUCCCUAAUGAGAUACGUUUAUUAGUUGCAGUGAAAAUAUGCAAGAAUAUCAGUUAACAUUAUCGACGCGAACGGAUUUUUUACACAACCUAAGAUAUACGAUAUAUUCGAAGAGCGGCGGUACGAAGGAUAGGCAGGGGACAUGGAUACAUAUUGUAUAAAUGUAGAUCGGUGAGAGCAGAAUAGAAAAAUCGUGGGAUGAACGGUCGAAAUCGUAAUGCGAGGAAGAUAAUGAAAUUCUUCCAUUCUUUUCUCGUCAAUUGCAGACGUAUUUUUUCUGUCUUGUUUUAUUGCAUUACACAAACGGGGCUGGGGAGGCAAAAUUAAAUAGCGGAUUAAAUAGUUCAGCGCGACGCUUUAACAAAUUAAAAACGUAAAAACAUUAA